AAAAUUCAAAGCGGAAACACAUCUAACUUUAUGUAACUUGCUGAUGACACUUCCGCCAACACAACAGGAGCCGCACACGCCUGAAGCUUUUUCUUUAUUUGUGUCGUUUAACCACAGAGAGCCACAGAACGACGACGUCAUGGCAGACCUCGGCAUCAAAGCAGGAGACAAGGUGAUGAUGGUUUGGACUCAGCCUUCAGCACCGGAAGGCCUGAAACAGCAUGCAGAGGAGCUGGCUGCCAUCGUUGGUGCAGACGGCAAAGUAUCGGUGGAGAACUUGGAGAGAUUGUUGCUAUCCUCUCACUCGGCGUCCUCCUUCGACUGUGUCCUCUCCUGCCUUCUGGCCGACAGCUCGCCCGUCCACACUUCAGAGACUCUAGAAGAAUUAGCCCGAGUGCUCAAACCGGGCGGGAAGCUGGUUCUGGAUGAAGCAGUCACAGGAGCCGAGACGUCGCAAGUGAGAACCGCUGAGAAGCUGAUCUCGGCUCUGAAGUUGUCUGGCUUCAUGUCGGUGACUGAGGUCAGUAAAGCAGAACUGACCGCAGAGGCGUUGAGCUCCCUGAGGACGGCCACUGGUUACCAAGGAAACACUCUGUCCAGAGUCCGCGUAUCUGCGUCCAAGCCAAACUUCGAGGUGGGAUCAUCGAGCCAGAUCAAACUGUCGUUCGGGAAGAAGACGCCCAAACCAGCAGAGAAACCUGCUCUGGAUCCCAACACUGUCAAAAUGUGGACGCUGUCAGCCAACGACAUGGGUGAUGAUGAUGUGGACCUGGUGGACUCUGAUGCUCUGCUGGACGAAGAGGACUUAAAGAAACCAGAUCCGGCUUCUCUUAAAGUGAGCUGCAGGGACAGCGGCAAGAAGAAAGCCUGCAAGAACUGCUCGUGUGGUCUUGCUGAGGAGUUGGAGCAGGAGAGUACAGGAAAACAAAAGACUAAUCUACCAAAAUCUGCCUGUGGAAGUUGUUACCUUGGCGACGCUUUCCGAUGUGCCAGCUGUCCGUACGCGGGGAUGCCAGCGUUCAAACCAGGAGAGAAGAUCGUGCUGGACAAGAAGACGCUGACGGACGCUUGAAACAAACGUCACUGCUCAUGAUUCAUGACGUCUACAUUCCUUGAUUUUGUCCAUCCACCGAGACGCGAUUCUCCUCGCCGUGAUGGCGAUUUCUGCUCGCCUGUCCUCCAACGAUAACGUGACACAUAUUUAAUUUAAGAGUUUGCCAAUGCAGCUUUGACAACGAGCGAGAGAUUGCAAUGAAGAUUUAAAAAGUAAAGUGCACUGUCGUUGCAGUUUUGCUCCUGCUGUUGUUAAUUAUGCAAAUUAUGGUGUGACAGUGUGAAAGCACUUGAAUGCAUUAUUGUUCAUCUAAUUUGAAGUUUUACUUAGAUGUGACCACUGACGUACACGAUGUUCACCAGCACAAGUUAAGCAUACAAACUGUUCAGUACAAGCUUAUUUAUGUAUAUAAAGGCAACAGUUUGACAAUAA